AUGGCCAAAGGGAAGGCUACAGCUGACCUUUCCCAGCUUCAACAGACGAAGCUAUGGAGCUUGGCAAUCCUGCAACGGCCGAGCCGUUUGCAAGCUUUCUGCCAUCCAAAUCGAAUUCAUAUGUCUGCGAGGGUAAUAUACACCUCGUAG